AUGGUACCAACGCUGCUCAUAACCAGCGGAGUUCUUGAAACAGCCUCGAAGCAAUUGGACCAAGUCAUCGAUCAGGCUCGUCAUAGACAUCAUCAACACCGAAGUAAAUUCAAAGAAGCCAUUGACUAUUUAGAUCAAAUCUUCGAAGACCUGAAAAAAGAAUGCGAGCCAACAGAAGAAGUAUCAGUCAAACCUUCAAAGCCAGUCAAUGCAUCAAUCAUGACUCAGCCUGUACCCACUCUAUCUACUAAGAAAGAGAGUAUCUCAGUCAAAAAACCUAACGCUACAAAUGCACCAACAGUUGGUCAGAUUAAUUCGAACAGUUUGAAAACUAACAGUUUACCAACACGAGGGAAUAAGAACAAAAUUAUGAAGCCUCCAUCACCCUUGGACGUUGUAAUCGCAGCGGGGAUGACAUCCUCGAAUAGUCUCAAGGCAUCCAAACCAUCGAAAGACACAUCAGAACCUCCGAUAGAUUACGCAGUCUCAGAAACUAUUGUUUUGCCUAAGAAGACCGACAAACUGGACUUCACACGCAGAUGGCUCCACAACGAUUUAUCAUCACUAGCUCAUAACGGUCCAGUCAACCUGAUAUCCGACUCGGGUACUUACUUGGAUGAAGAUGAACAUUCUCUCGGAAGUUGUUCAGCUGAAGUAGCUGCGAUCAAUGUGGACAAAAUAAAAAGAACAACUAAACAACCGCAAAUUAUCUUACCUCAGAACCAGCCUGCUCCUAUUCGUCCUCAACCCUUCCGACCGCAACCCGGCUACAUUGGAGCAGCAGGAUCAAGUAAUGGGACUCGGCAUUUCCCUGUCGAUAUCGAUAGUCGCUUCACCAGCUCAUCUUCCCUACAACGAGUUGCUUCCUUCGAUCAUAUGUCUCCUGAGAAACGCUCAAAUGAUAAUCACUAUUGGCGGUCAGGAUCACAGGAACCCUAUCAUACAUUACAAUCAGUCCGCUCCGAUGCGGAAUUCAGACCAUCCCCUUCAGCUUUCCAAGCUCUUGGCAACCGUGGAAGCAGUCUUAGAGCUUCUUUACGUUCUUUACCAGAUGCAUCAAAUGUUCGAGCCAACUCUGUAUCGAGACGUGAACAUCAGCAACCCCCACUCUCGAUCGAUCAGUUAGUUGCUGAUCUCGAACUAAAUACAGAAACACAACAAACUCUCGCGAACGAUAAACGCAGGUCAUUCCCAACAAGUUUAGAAUCAGAAGUCAAUUCCCUCUCGCGAAACAACUCUCAAAGAGAUCGAACUACAGGUGCUGGUGUUCGGACGUCUUAUCACGCUCCAGCUGCUCCAGUUAAAUCAAAUCUAACCAACAGAAACUUAAACUUGAAUCAUAAAAGCUUAGAUGAAGUAACAUCUUUAUUGAACAAUGUGGUAGGGGAUAUGAAUAAUAGUAAUGUCCAACUAAGAAGGAAACAAACCAACAGUAACACGAAUACCGGCAAUCAACUUAAUCCGUUCGAAACUAUUAAUCAAGAGAAAAUAAAUCCUAGCCGAGUUGAAGCCAUGCAUAAUAUGUUUGAACGAGGAGGUAGUACAAAAACUAAAAAUGGCAACUCCAAUGCACAUUCUGCAUGGAGGACAGGCCCUCAGCCUUUUCGUCGCAUUGCUCAACAACCAGCAUCCACUAAUAAUAAUAAUAAUAAUAAUAAUAAUAAUAAUAAUACUAUGAAGCCACCAUAUGAUGAAGAAAGUUAUUAUGACAUUGCGGAUUUUGCAGUGAAGCCUUAUAGGAAAGUCUCUCCACCACGACAAGUUCUUCAAACUACUUCAACCCGCAAAGCCUCGCCUUCUAUUGAUCCUAUUGCACCUGCCUACCCUUCCAGUCAACCUCCACAGUUCCCACCAGCGAACAAUAAUAUCAGAAAUAGUUCAGCUACCUCAUCAACAAAUGGAGGUUAUUAUUCUUCAAAUAGUUCAAUGGCUGGUGGUAAUCAGAUGACUCGAAGAAGUUCUUUAGUAGGCCAUCAAUCUAUUUCAUCACGAGCUCCAUCGAUAGAUGAUGAAGAUGAUGGGUUUUAUGAUAACAUUGGAGUUUACGAUGAGCGAAGAUUUUCUCAUGGUUCUGAUAUGGAUGUUGCUUCUAUAUCAACGAGGACCCCUGGAAAUGCAAAAGGAACACGCAUCGGUAGUUUUCUGCGGAAAAUAGGAGGACGAACUAACCGGCCGCCUGGCAGUGCUGCUAGUCUUAUAUCCCUAAAUAAAGUAGCCAAUGAAACUCAAUUGCAUCAAGGAAUUCUUCAAAAAAGCAAUAGUAUGAGUUCGGAGCCUUGGAAUAAGCAAAUUUUACAAUCAAAUGGAAAAGGUCUAACGUCAUCGAACUCGUCUUCGUCUGCAGUAAAAUCUGAGCGUGGAAGUAAUAGUGGAAUAGGAACACGUUUGAAAAAUUCAUUAUUCGGAUCUAAAAAACGAUUGAAUGGAUGA